UCUUUCGGAGUAAAUGUCAGUGGCAUAAGGCGGUCUAUCCCCAAUUAUUCCUCCGAGACUUGCGAGCUGCAUUGGCGAGCGCAGAAUCUGGUACCUUGCCUCAGAAAGAUUAUGCUUCCCCGAUGUUAUAUAAUUCCAUUGUUGCCUACUCGUUGGGAUACUCUGAGGUGGAGGGUCACCGCGAAGAAAUAUUUCGAUGCGAAUGCCAAGCUCCUACGCUCGCCACUGUGCAGGCGCUGGCAAUUCUCUCCUCAUUCCACAGUGGGGUGGCUGAACAAGGGCUGAGCUUCACGUACCUCGGGAUAGCUUUUACUGUGUCUCGAACCCUGUGUUUGGACGGAGAAAAUUCCAGUCAAUACUCAAAUAAUCUGGAGAAAAACCACUUUUCAUUCGUCCUCUGGAAUCUGUUCUGCCUAGACAAGACAUGCAGCCUCUAUGUCGGCCGACGUCAAAAUCUCAGACCUUUUGUUACCGAGUCAACAUACUGGAAGAUUAGCUCGCUCACGGAGGUAGGGAUGAUUCGCGGUCUUUUCAACCCUAUCACCCCAGUCUUGCCAGAGGAUGAAGCGUUUGUCGCGCAUGUUGGCCUUAUGCAAAUUGCAUCCUUUAUUAUGGAGUUCUUUUAUAGCGAUGAUGGACUUUGUAGGCCUGGCAUUGACAUCGCCCACGUGGAGCAAUUAAGCACUUUGAUCGAGACGUGGAAUAUCCAUCUCCCCGCAAGCCUCCGCGGGGAUACCGACGACCCAGAGACAAUUCUCAGCAUCGAAGUGAUAAUGAUCAAGUUGAUCUUUGAGUGGAUGAAGAUUCUACUAUAUCAGCCUUUUUUCCAAGACAGCACCUCAGUCACAUUCACCUCCCCAUCGUUCAAUCAGUACGGCGUCAGUGGUGACAUCUACAACCGUAUAUCGACGUUGUGCACCAGGGCAAAGCUGUGUGCUCCCCCAGCGGCAUUCAAGAUCACAUCACUACUCGAGACAUUUGAUCGCCAGUAUGGUCUCCGUAUAAUCGACAGUGCUGCUGUGCAAAUCGCAUACGUUGCUGGAAGGAUGCAUUUGUUGGGUGCAAUCCACAAUCCCGAUCGCCGCUACGGGGGCGCCACCCCCGGUCAAGGGGUCAUCAGAUGUAUUGACAUAUUACGAAAAAUAGGAGAAACGUGGCCAUCAGGUAUUGCUUCAGCCGACCGGCUUGAUGAUUUAUACCGUCCUGUUCACGAUCCUAGGGAAGAUGAAGUCGGCAGAAUGGAUGCUGGCUCUCCUCCGCCAUAUCCCUCUUCUAAAUGAAUGGACCCUCGUGUUUCUGCCUGUGUGCCCUCGUAACUGCCUGCGACCCGCUAUGGAUGUUUUGGACUGAGUGCUUGCUUGUUGUCCAGCUUUUUGUGGCCCGUCUGUCGUUAUGUUGCAGUGUCUCAUCUGUGCUUCGUCAUUACCCAAUGUGUAAAUACGCUGACCCCUCAUGUAUUUGCGCUAUCAGCUUCCGUGCUAUGUGCGUCCUG